AUGGCAUCGUCAUUUCGUGUGGUUCAACAUACUAUCAAGGGGUGCCAUACAAGAGACUACAUCGCGGCGACUGCCAAUGGUGAUGCAGAUACGCCGAAGUUGUCAGUAAAGCAGUACAUUCCGCUGGACAACCCUACACCAAAGCCCGGUGAUGUGACAAUCAUUGGCGCCCAUGCGAACGGUUUCCCAAAGGAAAUGUAUGAGCCCCUCUGGGAAGAGAUAUAUCAACGGUCAUCUCGAGCAGGCUUUCGCAUCCGGUCAAUUUUUAUAGCGGAUAUCUGGAACCAGGGUCAAUCGGGUAUUCUUAAUGAGAAGAUUCUUGGAAAUGAGCCGAGCUGGUCCGACCAUGCCAGAGACCUAAUGAACCUCAUCAACCAGAAACAAGAUUCUAUGCCUCAUCCGAUCGUUGGUAUAGGCCACAGCAUGGGCGGUACACAAUUAUCGCUCUUGUCUCUAGGACAUCCACGCUUACUCAGGUCCCUUGUUCUUAUUGAUCCCGUUAUUCAAGUCCCAAAUGGCAGCAUUUCCCCUGCCGUGUCCUCGACUUCCCGUCAAGAUAUCUGGCCGUCAAAGGAUGCAGCUACUUCAAGAUUCAAAGGAAGCAAGUUCUUCCAGUCCUGGGAUCCGCGAGUUCUUGACCGCUGGAUAGAGUAUGGCCUCCGCCAGGCUCCGACGGAGCUCUACCCUGCCGAAGGUGCGGAAAAGAACGAGCGUUUCACGCUUACAACCUCAAAACACCAAGAACUAUUCACCUUCCUCCGACCUACAUACCCGAAAAUCCCAGGGGAGGAAUAUGUUGACAAAGAUCCCAUCGCAGACGAAGAGUAUCCUGGAUACCCUUUCUAUCGCCCUGAACCACUUCACGUCUUUCGUCGCUUGCCAGAAUUGCGUCCAAGCGUUCUAUACAUCUUUGGAGAGAAGUCAAACCUAUCGCCGCUAGCAGAGCGACAGGCGAAAAUGGCACGAACAGGAACUGGAGUUGGAGGCAGCGGCGGUGCUGCUGCAGGUCGAGUUAAGGAGGUGACUCUUGACUGUGGUCAUCUGGUGGCGAUGGAGAAGGUUUCCGAGUGUGCGGACGCCAUCACUGCGUUUCUCGGAGACGAGCUCGAGCGAUGGCGACGGGAGAAAGCCGAAUUCGAGCAAUAUUGGAACAAGAAGUCAAGAACAGAGCAGAUUACUAUUGACGAAGAAUGGGCUCAAAAAGUGAAUCCAAAUGCUACACCGGCUGGCAAGACAAGGCUUUGA